AAGCCUUAGCCAAGAUGAACAGUAAGAAAAUGAAGCCGAGUAGCGAACCAGACAGAAUAUCGACCCUGCCGCAUGCAGUUCUUGUGCUAAUCAUCUCUUUCUUGCCCUUCAAGGAUUGUAUCGCUACAAGCAUUCUGUCCGAGCGGUGGAGGUAUCUCUACCUUCAUACAAUGAAUGUUGCUUUCAAGGAAUCCGAGUUUCUGAACGGUAUGUACUCCGACAGAGCCGCUAGGGUUUCGUUUGCUAGCUACAUGUCUGAAUUUGUGUCAAGAUUUGAAGGUGAAAUCAUCAACACUUUUGAGAUCCAUCUCUGCAAUCCGGUGGGGUUAGUGGCAUGUAUCCAACAUCUGAUCAGAUUCGCAGCCUCCAAACAAGUGAAGAAGUUAGUUCUUGACUUCUCAGAUCCUUCUUGGAGAUCUACUGAUGUUGCAUCGGAGCUUGACGUUGCUAUUAAGUUGCCCGCAUGUGUCUACCGCCUCAAAACCCUUGAAUCAUUGUAUAUCUACGGAUGCGCGUUUGACCCCUCCAGAUUCACAAACCCGGAACGUCUGAGAAGACUCUACAUUGGUUGGAUCAGUCUCCAGAAGCUGGAAUCUUUGCUAUCAAAGUGUCGUCUGCUCAAGACUCUAAGCAUCAGAUACUGUUGGGACCUUGACAUCGAGACGUUAGCCGGGCGAAUUGAGGAACUGGUUAUCGAGUACUGCGACUUCCCUCGCAUGGCUUGUUCCUUUGUCCUGCCUAUCUUAGACAUCUUCAAGUACUCGGGAUAUAUUAUGUGCCUCGAUUUCGAGAGAGUGAAUAAGAUGGUUCAUGAUGUAGAGUUUGAUUUUGGUGUAGAGCCUGAGUACGAUGAGCCGGACGCAGCAACCAAAGCGCAAGGAGAAAUUGUUGCUAAACUUCUUAGUGAUUUUCGAUCUGCUACGAUCAUAACGGUCUGCCCUUAUACCCUUCAGGUGAUUCAAGAUAAUCCUGAAUUUAUGCUUCGUGGUGUGGAAGUAGAACAUUUGGUGCUGAAAACGAAGCUGCAUCCUAAGGAGUUGAUGGUAUGGUCUCUUUUAAGGGAUUUGUCAUAUCGUGGCAUUGAUCCACGAACACAUUGGCAUCAAAACAUUUCAUACAGAUGUUUGAAUAGGACUGUCACGACCGUGCAGUUGCUGAACUUUACUGGUGGCUUUCACCAGAUGGAGGUGUUGAGCUAUUUGGUUAAGACCAGACCCUGGCGCGUGCAUGUGAUUACAGCAGUUGAUCUUUGCGUGGCGAAGGGGUUGAGGGAAGAUCAAAUGAGGGUGGCUCGUGCGGGAGCCGCGAUGUUGCGGAGAAUAAAUAAACAGGUAGUGGUAGAGGUGCACAACGAUUGUGAUUGUCUAAGUGUCUUCAAUGGUGGGUUUCGUCCCAUU